CGGCCACACGUCACGUUCACGUCCCAAGCCAUGUGUGUUUGAGUGACUGAUUGAUUGAUGUUGACCAAAAAUACCUAAUUUCUAUUUUAAUUUAAUUGAAUAAUACUUGUUCUAAAAAUGCCAAAAAUUAAAGCAGAAAAGAAGUCAAGAAUACAUAAUGAAGUUGCUAAGCAAGGAAUCCAAUUUAAUAAAGACUUUGGCCAGCACAUCUUGAAGAAUCCCCUUAUCAUAACUUCUAUGCUUGACAAAUCUGGUCUGCGCCCAACUGAUGUCGUCUUGGAAAUUGGUCCCGGUACCGGUAAUAUGACAAUAAAGCUUUUGGAUCGUGUGAAAAAGGUUGUGGCAUGCGAAAUUGACACCAGGUUAGUUGCAGAGCUACAAAAAAGAGUUCAAGGUACACCAUAUCAAGCCAAACUGGAGAUCCUUGUCGGAGAUGUAUUGAAAACAGAAUUGCCAUUCUUUGACAUCUGCGUUGCUAACAUACCCUACCAGAUCAGUUCCCCACUUGUUUUCAAGCUAUUGCUACACAGACCUUUCUUCAGAUGUGCAGUGCUCAUGUUUCAGAAGGAAUUUGCACAGAGAUUAGUUGCAAAACCAGGAGAUAAGUUGUACUGUAGAUUAUCAAUAAAUACACAACUGUUGGCUCGUGUUGACAUGUUAAUGAAGGUUGGCAAAAAUAACUUCAGACCCCCACCAAAAGUAGAAUCCAGUGUUGUCAGAAUUGAACCACGAAAUCCACCACCACCAAUAAAUUUUGUAGAAUGGGAUGGAUUGACAAGAAUUGCGUUUGUUAGGAAAAACAAGACACUUUCUGCUGCUUUUAAACAUGCAACUACAAUGGCUGCUUUGGAAAAGAACUACAGAGUUCAUUGUUCCUUACACAAUAAGGAAAUACCUAGUGAUUUUGAUAUUAAGCUAAAAGUGCAAGAAAUAUUGACAAAUGCUGAGGCUGAUCAGAUGAGGGCCAGAACUAUGGAUAUUGAUGAUUUUAUGAAAUUAUUACAUGCAUUCAAUGCAGAAGGAAUACAUUUUGCAUGAGUAAACA